GCCGUGGUGGCAGCCAAGAGCCUGGCCCGAAUCGGGCCUGGAGGGCGGGACAGGCUGACUCGGCCUGGGGCAGUGGGCGCCCGGGAAGAGCAGCCUCGGGCCUGGCUCUCGGGCGCGCGGCUGAGGCCUGGCGCCCUCCAAAACCCCUGCGCCACCCUUUUUUCUCAUCUUCUCAUUGUUGGUCCCGAGGUUCCUGUGAGGAGGGGCCGCCUGUAGUUGGUCCCUAACGCGGACGUCCUGCCGCAUUUUCGCGCCGUUGCUGAGUCGAAGGCAGUUGUCCACCGCCGGCCCUGAAACAGGGCUGCGGGAAAGACGUUGGGUGGGCUGGGGCCUGGCACUCGCGGUCUCGCCCGCCGCUGCUGUGCCCAGAGCUCAGGAGAUGGGGAAAGGCCGCCGAGUGUGGCCGCGGGGAGGCUGGUGAGCGAGGGAGCGGUAGGAUACGGGCCGGUGACAUCUUUCCAGGCGCUGAAGGCAGCUGCGCGGUUAGUUUCUGCGCGGGCUUUUCGCAGGAUCCUGCUAAGCAAGUUUUGAGGAGUUGACGACUAGAAAGGAGAAAGAGAAUACAUUCUUGAAAGGCAGGACUUGUGGUAUACAAUGUAUCGAUUCUAGUACGGUGACGUAACAAUAUCAAGGACAUGCUCUGCUUGUUCCCAGCACCGUAUCUACCCGAGGAUCUGCACCUGUGCCUGUUAGUCUGUCUGUACUCAUUGAUUAAGCUCAUUGUAGCUGGUCACUUUCUGGGGAUCUAGUUUACGUUCAAAUACCCAUUUGGCCAAACCGUUCUUUAAUCUUGUGGAAUUUGAAACUGGAUUUAUCUAACCAGAACAAGUCAGAAUUUGAACGGAUCUGAACAAAUUGUUGAAAAUUGAUGCAGCCCAAGGGGAAUGAAAUAAUAUAUUGAGUUGCUUAGUUUGUAGAAAUAUCAAAAGUAAUUGGACAUCAAGGGUUGCAAAAUGUUUAGCAAACUUCAUUUAGUGCUGUAUUAAAGUUUCUUCCUUUGCAUAAUGGAAAAAGCAGGGACUUUAGAGUUAGACCUGAGUGCAAAUUCCUGAUGCAGACUUUGACUAUGAAAUCUAAGGCAAGAUACAUAGUCUUUCUGAGAUCCAGUGUCCACAUCUGUAAACUGCAAUGUCCUGUUGAUUUGAUGAACUCAUAAUAUAUGUAAAGCAUUUAGUAUAUUAAUGCACAGUGACAUCAUUUUAGUAGUCUUACUAGUUCAGUAGUAAGUGAACGGCGUGAUGAAAAUCAGUUUUAGAUGCAGAAAGGUUGGGUGGUUAAGGUUAGACAGAUAUAAGGAAAAAGUCUUAAAAUUUUAGAGGUCUCAGAUGUGAACAUACCUGUGGUGGUAUGAUGGGAAAAAGUAGACUGGGACAUUGGCUCUAGUCUUGGCUAUGUCAGUAACUACUUGGGUCUUGGGUAAGCCAUCAUUAUCAUUGGCGUUGGUUUUUUUUGUAAAGGGAGGCAGUUGGAGCAGAUGAUUUUUCUAAAAAUCUUUUUGUAUCCUGAAUUAGAGCUAAAAGGGAGAGAAGGUAAUAGCUAACAUGAUUGAAUACUUAAGGUACUAGGUACUGUUGCAAGUACAUCAUAGGUAGAUUCAUUAAAUUCUCACAGUAAGACUACGAGGCACAUACUGUUGUUAUUCUCAUUUACAUGAGGAAAUAGGCUGAGAUGUUAACCUUGCCCAAGGUUCUGGAGCUUAUAAAUAGCAGAGCUAGGAUUUGAGUCCAGGUAGUCUAAAUUCAUGUUCUUAUUCACUGUGAUGUGAUACUGUAAAAGGUAGGAGUGUUUUAGGUAAAGUAAUAGUCCUUGGUCACAGUUACACAUGCGAACUUGAAAAGGGUUCUGUCCUAAGGUAUGCCACUCAUCCUGAUCUUUGUUCUCUUCAUACCGUCUGCUUCCUGGACUUAAAUUAUCAUAGGAAUUCUAGAUUCUCUUCUACUGACCAGGGCUAGAUGAAGAUAGGCACCAAAAUAUACUAUUUGAGAAAAGUUUUUAUGAUUUGACCUAAGUUCAGUUCACAGUUGAAAAAUCUCAGAGAACCAUGUCCAUUUCAGAGCUAAGGCAGAUUUAGGAUAAACAGGUCAGCCUUAGCACCUCACAUUCAUUAUAAGGUCCCCACACUUGAGACACUUUGGUCUGGAGUCAUUCUUUCCAUGCCAGACUUGUGUUUAUGUGUAGAAGCAGGAAUUGAAAAUGAGCUUGAUGAAAGACCACAUUUGACAUGGAAUUGGAUUGAUGCGAUAGCAAACUUAGAUGAAAAAGAGGUUUUUAUAGUUGAAAACCUUAAUGGAGUGCAUAUUAUGACUAGUACCAUGCUAAUACAGACAUUGUGAAAUUUGAGGAUGAGGAUUGAUCUUAUUUUGAAAGAAAAUAAAGUCCAUGGCUAAAAUACUUGGAUAUAAAGAGCUCAAUGAAUCUGAUUCCAUUUAUAAAAUAAACCAGUUUAUUACUCUAAAUUUCCUGAAAGACUGAAUUUAUAGAGAGUAACAUUUUGAGGCCAGUCUGUUUAAUUAUAUCACAGUAAGAGAAAACUGCUUUGUUGUGCAGAGAUAGCCAGUUAUGCUCUGGUCUGCUUUAUUAAAGAGUAACGCCCUUUUACACAGGGCUGGUAUUUUACUCUAAACCCUCAGGUUGCAGUCUUACGUAGAUGAUGGCGUGAGUAAUGCUCUCUUGGAUUGUGUGGUAUAUCCUAUAGCACUGCCCUAGUGCCCAGCUUCUGUGUGCUUGCCUCCACCCCAAUCUUGAGUGUAUUUUUCUGAGAGUAAUUCUCCUCUGAUAAGCCCCCUUCACCCCAUUUUUCUUUUUUCUUUUUUUUACACAUGAAGUUAAACUGUUGAUAAGCCAGGCAUAGAUUUUCUGUUCUUUGGCUUAGAUGUAGCCAAAAUUUCAGAAAUUGAGUUCUAUUUCAUUACCUACUACAUUGGGCAUUCUGGAGUACUUUGCUUUCAUAGAAGACUUUUGGUUUAAUUUUUUUAGUAUUAGACUGAAACAUAAGCAAAAGAAGUAUACCCCAUCCCUAUAUUGUAUCCAGUUUCAAAAUCACUAUCAAAAGUGUCACACAGUUAUUUGAAGCUGUGGGAGAAUAUACAACACUGAACAUUCAUCAAGGAUUUUGUAUCCAAGGCCCAAAAGUUUCUUACCUAAGAUGAUGAAUGCUGACAUGGAUGCAGUUGAUGCUGAAAAUCAGGUGGAACUGGAGGAAAAAACACGACUUAUUAACCAAGUGUUGGAACUCCAACACACACUUGAAGAUCUCUCUGCAAGAGUAGAUGCAGUUAAGGAAGAAAAUCUGAAGCUAAAAUCAGAAAACCAAGUUCUUGGACAGUAUAUAGAAAACCUCAUGUCAGCUUCUAGUGUUUUUCAAACAACUGACACAAAAAGCAAAAGAAAGUAAGGGAUUGAUAACCCUUGUUUAAUGGAAUUACUGCUGCUUUUUUCUUUAAAAUUUGGAUAGGUUCCAAAAGUUAGAGUACUUUUGUUUGUGGCUUCAUUGAGUAUUUAUGAAGAUUAUGUCAGAUUAGGCAAAAUUAGAGCAUAACAGAAAACUUCAUGAAUUUGUGUAUUAUGUUAGUCCAUGAAAAUGUGCAAAUGUAGAGUCUUUAUAAUUAGAAAUGCAUAUAUUUAUGAAACUUGAAAAUGAAUGUUUUACUGAAUUUCCUUUGAAUUAAAAGUUUAACACUGUCAUUUAUAGGCAUAGUAAGAGAUACAAGAAAAUAAUCACCAUGUUGUGAAAAAGUGACCAAAAUCAUGUACUGAAUGCACAGCUUUAUGUACCCUGUCCACCAUCUUGUGCCUCUUCUCCGUUUGUUUCUUCCUUCCCAUUUCCCUUCUCCUAAGGAAAAUAAUUAUUUCACAUUGUAAAAGUAAUUUCAGUAGUUAAUCAUCUAUGAGAGUCAACUGAACCGUAAUUGUUGAAACUUAACUGAAAUACUUUCUCAGUUAGGGCUUAUUUGUAUUUAGUUGUAAGAUAGGAUUGUUAGUUUCUUUUCAAUCAACUGAAAACAGAGGCUAUAAAAAUUUUUUCUUUGAAACUGAAUUGUGAAAUUGAGAAGAUUUGUUAAAAACCUUUUUGCACAAAAUAAGCCAUUUGGUAUCUGAAAAGCUCUGGUUGUGUGUGUGUUUGAAAUAGAAAAUUUUAAGAAAAAAUAGAAAUAGGAUGGAAAAAGUACUUCAUAUACAGCAAUGACCAAUUCCAAAUGUUUUUACUCCAGAUCCGUGUUAUCUUUAGCACAAAUUAGAUCUUUUGAAGAAUAUGUGUGAAAGUGGGUGAAGUUUGAUUAACUUUAUAUAAACCAUAUCUAGAUUACAAAGAGUUCGGUCUCAAGGCUUAUUUGUAAUACCCAGCAGAUCAACUUUUGCAAAAUCCCUUGAGUGUAUUAGUAUUGAAUCCUGAAUAAAAUAGGAGAGUUUUACAUGUAGUCUAACUGAUACUUCCUCAGUAUUUUAUCUUGCUACUUCUUCCAGAAUUUUCUGUAAAUCCAACUACUUUGCAGAGUUUUAAUCAUUCUUUAACAAUUUAAAAAAUUUUAGUUUGUAGGUUCCAUUUGGUAAGAAACUUAAUAUCAGAAGUAAUGCUAAAAAGAUCCACUAAUGUAGAUUUGGGCUACUUUUAAUCAUGGAAUAAUCAUGUUUGUAUUGGUGUAAGAUUCAAUGAAUGACUUUAGCUGUAUGAAUAUAUAAUAAUAAUACUGCAAACAUUUUGUGUCCCUUUUGUGACCUAAUUCACAAACAUUUAAGAUUGUAUUGCAAUUUUGCUUUGCUGUUUAAUAAAAUACUGUUUCAGA